AUCAUUCCUAUACGUUAGCGUUAUUUACUACUCCGCAUAAUCUACAUCUCUUACACUUUCUUUCUUUAUUUCUUUCUUUCAUCUUUUUUCUUUCUUCCUUUCAUAUAGGGAGAACAAAGUGAGUGAGUGAGUAAUUCCAACGUUACAAAGAAGAGAUGUUGUUUGACAAAUUUCACCGGCGAUUCAUUUGAAAAAAUGGAUUUUUAAUGAACAAGAAAAUAGGUACUAAUUGUUACGCACAUCAUGUUCCACGAAGAUAAUAUUAUCGAAAACGGACCAUUAUCGGAUAAGAUAUUUUAAAUCAACAAUAGAUAGAGAUAAUAAAUUUCAAGGAUUCGAAGAAGAACGUGGUGACGCGCGAAUCAUGUCUACGAGAUCGAAAGAGAAAGUAGUUGCUGCUUUUCGAAAAUUAUUCCGAUCGUCGGAAAAGCUUGCUGAACAGGAAGGUGGAAAUGAUGGUACAACCAAUUCACCUUCGAGACGAUUACUCGGUCGUCAUCAUCAUCAUCGGCCUGAUGCUGUUACACCGUCUGAUGGUUCCAUGCCUGAAAAUCCAGGCACCAGUCAUACCGCACAUGGUAGUUGCUUUUUCAAAACAAAGAAGUCAUCCAGUUCCUCUCAGGGUAACAUGGGAAUUCCUGAAAAAGGAGUAAGAUUACGUCGUUUGAUGAAAGAACUGAGCGAGAUUCAAAAAACUCAACACCGCCGAGAUGCAACUUUUACCGCGGAGCUUGUAAAUGACAAUCUUUUUGAGUGGCACGUGAGACUUCACAAAAUCGAUCCUGAAAGCGAGUUAGCUGCUGACAUGCGAGAACUCGAGAUAUCUUAUAUACUUCUUCACGUAGUAUUUCCAGAAAAUUUUCCUUUCGCGCCACCAUUUAUGAGAGUUAUCUCACCAAGAAUCGAGAAAGGAUUUGUCAUGGAAGGUGGGGCUAUUUGUAUGGAACUUUUAACACCUAGAGGAUGGGCUAGUGCAUAUACUAUCGAAGCUGUUAUCACACAGUUCGCCGCUAGUAUCGUUAAAGGACAGGGACGUGUUGCAAGAAAACCAAAGACCAACAAAGAAUUUAAUCGACGAUCUGCAGAAGAAUCAUUUCGAAAUCUCGUUAAAACGCAUGAGAAAUAUGGUUGGGUUACGCCUCCUCUUGCAGAAGGCUGAUCUUAAUGAUCCAGAUUAGUCAAUAUCAUCUUAAUCAUUUAGUCGAUCCUCUUUGUUAACGUUCUUACGUUGAAAUUAUUAUAUUUAUUUAAUAAUUCUUCUAUAUAUAUAUAUAUAUAUAUGAGUCGCAAUUUUAUAAUUCUCGAGCUUAAAUAUUUUCGAGAAAAUAUUAUGUAGGAGAUGAAAUUGACGAAAUUUAGAGGAAGAGGAUAAUUUUUAUUCUUUUAUUUAUUUAUUUAUUUCUUUUUGGUUUGAAAUAAUAAACAAAAUAU